GACUCCACAGUCUUCUCUUCGUAACUGUUGCGUGCCCCUUUUUCCCCAUUUUCUCAAUAUCAAGUGUUUCGAAAAAAGAAUUUUUAGAAAUUCCUCCUUCAACCAUCUUUUAAUAAACCACAAAAAUAAGGCAAAACUUUUUAAAAAACAAAGUGUAUACAAUUAUUUUAAUUAAUUACAAAAAAAGGGACCUUCCGGAGUGCAAAGAAUAUGUUGAAAUUUGUUAACCUUAUGGAUUUUUAAAAAUAAGAUAAAAAAAAAAAAAUGAUCGCCAACAGUAGAAAAGUACGACUUGCGUCAGCCGUAUUAGGCUUCAGUAGUAUAGAAUUGAUGAUAUGGCUUUGGAUCAGCUGCAAUUUUGUAACUCUGGCUUUUUCGCAAAACAAUUUUUACACAAGUGGUCGAUACGGCAAAAGAGAAGAAAGUGCUGCUCCAGUAGGUGAAGUAUUCCUGGCUGGGAGUAGAUAUGGAAGAAGUGGAAUGAUGACAAUGAAAAAUUCACGAACCGGACCUAAGGUCUCUGACAUGGCACCCAGAGUCGAUCGUUUCUACACUGGAAGUCGUUAUGGAAAAAGGGCUCAUUCACAAUUUUAUAAUGCAGCAGCCUUAAGGGAUUUUGAGGAAGUCCUCAAUUAUUUGGAUCGAAUGCAGCAUAUAAAAAAAGAGGAUCGAAUGAAAUAUGACAGAAAUAAGGAGAACAAUGAAGACGUGGACAAACAAGAUGAUGAGCAAAAUCCUCUAGUGCUUUGCGAAAUGUUUAAUACAAGUCGCUGCUAAUAAAAAAGAAAUUUCCAUUGGCUUUGAAAAAGGAGUAGUGUCGUUUUUUGUCGAUUCUCCGUUUAAAAUCAAGAACAUCUUUAGCAUCAAACAUAGUAGAGAAAACAUUGAAGAAAAAAAAAUUCAUUCCCUCCCCUAAGAAAAAAAUAAAUAUCUUCUUAGUCGCAUUUCAAAGAAAAUUAUUUAAAAUUUAAAUACUCUUUGUUUGCAAUAAAAAAAAAUUCCUCAAUUAUUUUUUUAAUUUUAAUCAUCUAUUUUGCGUUAGAUGAUAAAUCAUCGAUGAAAAAUAUUUACCACAUUUCUUUUUUCACAUUUCAAAAAAAAAAAAAAAAAAAAAAAAAAUCCACUCACAGGAAGAGAUAUAUAUCUUUGUCAUUGUCAAUUAUAAUUAAUUAACAAAAUAGAAAUUAGAAAUUUAUUAUAAAUUACAUAAAACAAAAUGAAUCAUAUAUAUAAAAAAAUAUAAAUAUAUAUCUAGUAGUGUUCAGAGGAACAAAAGAAAAUUGAAUUGAACAUUAAUUAUAAUGCAAUUACAGAAUAUGUUAUAAUUUCUACAAAAUAUAUAUAUGUAGAGAGAGGGAGAGAGUUUAUUGUCCCGUUUAUAUAAUACAAAAAAAAUGCAAAGUAGAGAAUAAAAAUAAUUUCUAUAAAUUU